AGCAGCUGUGUGAUUUCCUGAGGAUUCCGUUGCUGGAGCUAGGGAUAAAAGUUCAUUUAUACACACAACAACCUGCAAGUCCAGUUUCUAUUCUUCUCUCUUUCUGCCUUCCCCUUCCCCCACUUUGAACCAGAGUAACCAAAUUGAGGCGUGCUUUAAACAGCUUGAGGACUGAUCUGAAAGAGGAAGAAGAAUUUGUAUACAUUGGCUAGCAUAUGUGCCCUGCCCUCCUCUCCUCUUGAAAAUAGCAACAACUCAUCUUUUCAAAGAAGUUUGCCUAAAAGAGCAGGCACACUGUGAAUGGUGUUUACUUUCAGGACCUCCAGGGUAUUCAAAUUUACUGUACAGCUGACCAACGAUGAUUAGCUUUCCAAGGGAUGGAUAGAUUGGAUUAACUGAAGACCUGGAGCUUGCUUCUGAGAGUGAAUGCAAAAGACCCUAAAUUGUCAACCUUGAAGUUAACAGCUUAGGCUUCAUCUGAUAUUAUAUCAUAAGAAGCGCUGACCACUAACCAAGAACAUUCGUGAAGGGUACUGCGGUGCCAGAAAGAGGCACCAAGAAGACUCUCCUAGAGAAACAUGGAUGGAGUUGGAAAUCUGACAGUAUCUUCUUCCAGUAGUGAUGCAUGCAAUGACACUAUUGAUGAUUUCCGAAAUCAAGUGUAUUCCACCUUGUACUCUAUGAUCUCCGUUGUGGGCUUCUUUGGCAAUGGCUUUGUGCUCUAUAUCCUCAUAAAAACAUAUCAUGAGAAGUCAGCCUACCAAGUAUACAUGAUUAAUUUAGCAGUAGCUGAUCUACUGUGUGUGUGCACACUACCUCUCCGUGUGGUCUAUUAUGUUCACAAAGGCAUUUGGCUCUUUGGUGACUUUUUGUGUCGCCUCAGCACCUAUGCCUUGUAUGUCAACCUCUAUUGUAGCAUCUUCUUUAUGACAGCCAUGAGCUUUUUCCGGUGCAUUGCAAUUGUUUUCCCCGUCCAAAAUAUUAAUUUGGUUACACAGAAAAAAGCCAGGUUUGUGUGUGUUGGUAUUUGGAUUUUUGUGAUUUUGACUAGUUCUCCAUUUUUAAUGUCCAAAUCUUACAAAGAUGAGAAAAAUAAUACCAAGUGCUUUGAGCCUCCACAGGACAAUCAAGCUAAAUAUUAUGUCUUGGUCUUGCAUUAUGUGUCAUUAUUUUUUGGAUUUAUCAUUCCUUUCAUUAUUAUAAUUGUCUGUUACACAAUGAUCAUUUUGACCUUACUAAAAAAUUCAAUGAAGAAAAAUCUAUCAAGUCGUAAAAAAGCUAUAGGAAUGAUCAUAGUUGUGACAGCUGCCUUUUUGAUCAGCUUCAUGCCAUAUCAUAUUCAACGUACCAUUCACCUUCAUUUUUUACACAAUGAAACAAAACCCUGUGAUUCUGUACUUAGAAUGCAAAAAUCAGUGGUCGUAACCUUGUCUCUGGCUGCAUCAAAUUGUUGCUUUGACCCUCUACUAUAUUUCUUUUCAGGGGGGAACUUUAGGAGAAGGCUGUCUACAUUUAGAAAGCAUUCUUUGUCCAGCAUGACUUAUGUACCCAAGAAGAAGACCUCCUUGCCAGAAAAAGGAGAAGAAAUAUAUAAAGAAUAGUUUAAGCCCAUUUUUGAUGGAUUCCCAAAUCACUAUUUUCUCAAAUCAUUCACAGUAAAAAUAAGAGCUUCCAUUAAUAGUUGACCUUUAUUUGACUUAAUGACCUAGAAAUCUAUCUCAUUUAUGAAUUCACAUUAUUAGAGGUCCUAAAGAUAUUUUUAGUGUUAAAAUUCAGUUCAAGUCUAUGAACUAAAUUAUAAAUGAUUUUCUGAUCUUUCACCUAAAGAUGGACAAAAUUUGUAUCUUGGCACUGUAAAACAUAGGUCUGAGAUUAAAUUUUCCCUCUCAAAUAAAAGCUUUACAAAGGGUAAGAACUAGCUUUUUAAGAUAUAAAUUUAGCUAAUAGUGAUCCUAACAUAUUUCUUUGCAUGUAUGCCAACAGAUGAGAACUGGAGUGAGCCAGGAGCUAAAUAAAAUGUACUAUCAUCCUCUUUCUUUGUAGCACUGAUUGGCUAGGAAAUCACAGCCAUUUCUUUUCCUCGAGAAAAUGAUCACAUAUUAGAACAGCCUAGUCUUCAGCCAAAUGGCCCUAAAGUCUCCAUUCAAUGUACAAUCUGGAAACUGAGGAAGGUAAACCUGAUCAAAAGCUAGUUUGUCUCCAAUUUUCUUCUGCUUCUUAGGCGCCCAAAAGAGAAUAGUGGGGUUUUUGUUGCUCAUUGAGAUUCUUUUAGGGAACUCUCUCCCUAAACAAGAUGCAAUCCCUCCUUAAUAAAGCAGAUGACUGGCACUACCAUCUAAUAACAGAAAUCAUUUAAAAUUUAUCUAAAGAAGAGGAAAGGGAAUCUACUUUUCUACACACUUAUUACCGGAACCACAAUGAACUGCAAUGAUUUUCUGAAUAAAAAUUUGAAUGUUGAUAUUGCAAAUUUUAAGAAGUACUUACAUUUAUGCAUAUUGUGUAAACUAUAUGUAAGAAAUUUUGCUGUAUGCAUUAAUGAGUGGAAGUUAGUUAUAAGCUUUGUUAUAUUUUAUGCUUUUUACUUUUAUUAGCAUGUUGACAGGAAUACCAAAGAUAUACUGCAGCGGUUUUUAUGUUACAGUGGAAGCUUUCUUCUUAAAAUAGCAACAGCUUGAUUAUGGCUGAAAUAUAAUAUUCAUGAGAAAGUUUUUGUUGAAGUGUAGUCUGUUCCUUAAUUCUGUGUUUCAAAAAGUGCAUUAUCUCAGAGGAAAUGAUAAUGUUGAUAAAAAGAAAAGCUAGGAUAUAAGUUCUAUCUGAAUCUGCCACAUGCAUGUAAUUUCUAUUUUACUUCUAAUGUUGCAAUCCCUUCGAACACCUGAAAGAUAGAAGAUUUCUGCAUGCAUAAGUCUCUUCAGUCAUGGCCAACUCUUUACAACCCUAUGAACUAUAGCCUGCCAGGCUCCUCUGUCCAUGGGAUUCUCCAGGCAAGAAUACUGGAGUGGGUUGCAAUGCCCUCUUCCAGGGAAUCUUCCUGACCCAUGAAUCGAACCUGCAUCUCAUAUGUUUUCUGCAUUGGCAGGCAGGUUCUUUACCACUAGCACCACCUGGGAAGCCCAUAGGAUCUCAAAGGUAUAGUAAUAACUGGUGCCCAUUUAUUUUUAACAUACCUGUGGUUUGUAGAGGUAAAAGUACCUGCACUUUUACCCUAUAUUUUUUUCUUGCUUGACAAACAUCAAAUGUAAUAUGUGUCAUAAAAUCAGUCCUUAUUUCUUAUUUAUUAAGCUUUCUGCUAUUCAAUAAGUAUACUGUAGUAGAACAACACUACAUUGAAAGCCAGAAGACCUGGAUGCUAAUCUACUCUCUUAUACUUACUAGCAGUGAAACUUGAAGCAAGUAACAUAAACUCUGAUUCUCAGCUUCCUCACUUGUAAAGUGGGAAUAAUAAUACUUGUCCUGCCUUUCUUAUAAGGCACA